AUGCCUGCUGCCAUGGGAUGGGAAGCAAUUGCUUCUCGCCAUAAAGCGAAACAACAACAAGCCAUACCUCGUGAAUGGAGAUUGUCUGAGCAGGAGCUAGAUCUGCUUUCUGGCAAGGGAACGCCUCAAGAAGGACAAUUAAUCCUGCUGGAUGCGGCUAGAAAAUCAGCUCUUCUGACGAAAAAAGAACUCGAGAUCACGGAAGAUUACAAUACGAGGCAGCUUCUGAACAAUAUUCACAACGGAAGUCUCACAUCAGAGGAUGUGACUGUGGCGUUCUGCAAGCGGGCAGCUCUCGCGCAGCAACUUACAAACUGCUUGACAGAAAUCCUUUUUGAAGAAGCGAUUUUAAGAGCCAAAGCACUGGAUCAAAAGCUCAAAGAAACUGGAAGCCCUGUUGGCCCUCUCCAUGGACUUCCAAUUAGUCUCAAAGAUUCGUUCAUUAUCAAAGGCCACUAUGCAACUGUCGGCUAUGUUGAGUUCCUCAAACGGCCACCUCCAGAUUCGAAUUCAACUUUGGUGGAUCUCCUCUUAGAUGCCGGGGCCAUUUUGUUUUGCAAAACAAAUGUUCCACAAACGAUGAUGACUGCAGACUCAGAGAACAAUAUCUUUGGGAGGACCUUGAACCCACACAAGACAACUCUUACUGCUGGUGGCUCAACAGGUGGCGAGGGUGCACUGGUGGCUUUUCGGGGUUCUCCGCUCGGUGUUGGCACCGACAUUGCAGGUUCAGUCCGAAUUCCUUCCUUGUGCUGCGGGAUAUAUGGAUUUAAACCAACAGCGAACCGGAUGCCUUUUGGUCGCCAGGCAUACUCCCCUUUUCCCAAGCUUCAAUUGCCUGGAGUAACUCCAGUGGCUGGUCCCAUGGCGAAUUCUGUCGAUGAUCUCUGGUUGUUUAUGAAAACAAUUCUUGCACAGAGGCCGUGGAAGUAUGACGCAUCCGCAGUUGACAUGCCUUGGAAUGAAUCAAAAGUUGCCCUGGACAGAAAUCUGACUAUUGGAGUUCUACCCGAGGAUCCAGAUUAUCGACUACACCCCCCGGUCCGCAGAGCCCUGGAGAGCGCAAUUACAGCUCUGACGGAGAAAGGGCACAAGGUUAUCCGCUUGCCAGCAGACCCUGCAUAUUCUGCUGGCCAUGGUGCCAGGCUCGGGUACAUUUAUUUCGGAAUGAUAUCGUCGGGUCUGGACGCACUUGCAAGUGAGAUUGGUGAACCUCUUGUCACUUCCGUGAAGCGCGACGUUCAUCCCUUCACCAAAGCGAAGCCUCCCGUUCUCCCAGGUACGGACUUGACACACCAAUUGAGUGAGUUCUUUGGCCUCCGAGAUAUCUAUGCCGACAACUGGCGGAAGGUCUGGACAGAAUAUGACCUCGAUGUUGUCAUCGGACCAGGGGCUAUCAGUACAGCCGUUCCACACGAUACGUAUGGAGUCCCGGUUUACACGUUGAUGUGGAACGUACUUGAUUACCCUUCGGGAAUCAUACCAUACGGCCCCGCUUCAAAGGAGAAGGAUCCUCAGUACGAAAAGGCCACAUCGGAAUUCGAAGCAGAUUACGAUCCUGAAGCAAGCGAUGGAGUCCCGUGUUCGAUCCAGGUUACGGCCCCUUCAUUCAAUGAUGAGGAGUGUCUGAACGCAAUUCGUAUCAUUGACAGUGCGAUUAGAAGAUAG